CAGUAUAAUAGCAUUAAUGUUAUUAACUAGCCAUGGACUGGCUCUACUAACUAAGGCCUCCCGGACUUUCUGGAUUUGUAUUAUGCUUUGUACUGGAUUUCAAAGCUACCUGAUAUUUAUGUUGGGGAUUGUGAAGCAACCAUGCGGCUUUUGUAGACUGCUUAUUUUGGAGGACUAAAUAAGAAGUAUAUCAGGAUCUCCACUACCAUUACAAUGCCUGUGCAUCAGAUAUCAGUCAGGCCUGUUAGUAGGGAUUCCAUGUUGGAUGAACAAUGCAGCACUGGAACCAGAAUUAAGAGUCAAGAAAAUGAGGCACCUUGUUCACCUCAGGGGAAAGUCGCCUCAGCUUCCUGUCAGAACGAGUGCAGCUACACCCCCAUUGCUAAUCAGCAGGUGAAGCGUCGGUACCGGCGACAACGGAAAAGCACUGGUUGCAUCAGAGAGUGUGUGGACAAGUCAGCGGUACCACACACUCAUAAUGGCUCGUCUUCAGAAGACGAACAGUUCCACAGGGCAGCUCGAUCCUGGAGCCGUGAGAAAGCCCGGCGCAAACGACCUCCUCGCGUGCCCACAUGUUCACGAGAGAAUAAGACCCAGAAGCAGGACCUCAAAAGCUCUCCAAGGACAUCCUUAAAGAUGGAGGAACUAGACAGCAAGUCAGCCAAUGAUGCCAGAGAGGGUGGAAAGGGUAGCGAGGAGGACAGCCCCAUCACGAAGAUGUAUGAGGAGCAAGGAUUAGGAGACUCAGAUAUGGCUGUCCCAACAGCUCAUAAGUACACAGAGGAGUCCAAUCAGAAUGGGAUCCUACAGGAAGUGUGCGAUGAUGACGAACCAGAAGUGUGCAGGAUCUGCCACAGUGAAGGUGAUGAGGAGUGUCCUCUCAUUACGCCUUGUAGGUGCACAGGCAGUUUACGCUUUGUGCACCACGCCUGUCUGCGUCAGUGGAUCAAGAGCUCAAACACACGCUGCUGUGAACUGUGUCAAUACAACUUUAUCAUGGAGACGCACCUCAAACCCUUGCGCAAGUGGGAGAACUUGCAGAUGUCUCCAAGUGAGCGCAGGAGGAUCUUCUGCUCUGUGAUCUUUCACCUGGUGGCUGUGGCAUGCAUCGCCUGGUCCCUCUACAUCUUGGUCCUCAUGAACAACACAGCUGACAACACAGGAUUCCAGAAGAGCAAAGAGCACGACGGAUUGCUGGAGUGGCUGUUCUGGACCAAGCUAGGUAUUGUGGCCCUCAGCGUGGUGUCAGGCCUCAUCUUCAUGUACAUCCAGUGCAAAGUUUACCUAAGCCUGUGGAGGCGCCUAAAGGCUUUUAACUGUGUCAUAUUUGUGCACAACUGUCCAGACUCGGUGUGCAACAGAGCGGAAAAAGCUCCUCCCUCUCACGCUGUUCCCACCUACCAGAUCCAAACAAACGUUCCCUGUUCUGAAGCAGCAGGAGGAAGUGCAGAGGAGGCACCUGUUUGAUUCUCUGUUCAGAAGGUGGUUCAUUCAUUGUGUGUGAUAUUUUAGGAAAAUAAAUUAAUCUUGCAACAGACAAUCUGAAAUCAACCGAGACUUUAACAUUUCAAAAAAUGUUAGGAUUUGAAAGACAUCAAAAGCUUUUUACACACAAGGAAAAUGUAUGGGGUAGAACUAGGAGCCACAAAGUAUUUAUAUUAUAUUAAUGUAUUAAUAUUACAGUAUUAAGUACAACUUUAAGGUACUGAACAUUAUUAUAGGAAAAGCUACUGGCUGGUGCUUCAUGAACAUGGAAGUUAUAGAAAAGAUUUUCUUAACCACAAUUAAAAUUUUGAAUAAAUAAAUAAAUUUUUAAUACAUUUUGUCCUAAUUAUACUUAAUAUUUUGGGUUAAUCAAAUUAACCAUGUUGAAUGUGUGUAUAAUAUAUAUAUAUAAAUAUAUAAUACACACAUUUUUACCUAGCAGUGCUUUUAGCCUUGCAAAUAAGCUCUGUCCAGACUUUGAUUUUCUGAAACGGAAGACGAUUUUAUCUCAUUUUGGCAAUGUGACUUGAAUUGAUGAAUCUUGAAUGUCACUAAUAAAGGGGAGUGAAAGGCAGCAGUUCUCUGAAACAGGUCAAAGGUGAAUCUCGUGAACCUUCAAUUGGUGACAGACAGAGCAAAACACAGAAUUACAAUUUCUGAAAAUGGAUAAACAGCCAAGAAAUGAACGAACAUUAGAACAGUAAAGUAAAAGUUUAAAUCCUGUCUGGUCUCUUGCAAUCAAUAUAAAUCAAAUAAGCAAUCAAAUAAAUACAUUUGUGCUGCUGAAAUUCAUAGAUGCCAAGCAGAAGAAAAUAAACUUUUAAUCAUUGUAAUCCAAACCGAUGUUUAUAUAAAGAAAUACUGAAACUGUGCACGGUCUAACAAGACUAAAUAUUUUGACGAUCUUGUUUGUGAACAAUGACAAAAAGACUUGUCAUUCUAAUGGUAAAGAGAUGUUGAUUGACAAAUACUUUCAAGAGAUGAACCAAGGAUUUUUAGAAAAGUACAGGCUGAUUUGCAAAUAUAAAGGAUGAGUCGAGAAAUUCUCAGCAUAUUGUGAGCAGACAAGCUAAAAUACCUAUAUUGAUCAUUUCAAGUCC